UAUACAUCUCUCAAGCAUGAUAAAUGCUCGCAAUAAGCGGACUGUUAGUUUUAAUUCACGGAGACUGUCCGCAAAAGUACAGACAUAGAGACUCUCAGAGUUUGAAGAUGCACUACUUCGAAGACAUCGUAUUUCAGCUGAAAAAGUGAAAAUCACGUUGACACACUUCACUCUCAAGCAUCCACGUUUUCUGCGUUUUGCUCCAAAUUUACGUCACAUUUGGUUUUUAUACUUUCCUGGCACGUUUUGUACCAACUUCAAAUAAUAAAUUCGUCUGCUUCAGUCACAGUUAACAUCUAUUUUCUCGAAAUUUCAUUACAAUUAUUGUUAACAGUUACAAUAAAUUUGUAAUAUUCCAAAGAAAUGAUAAAAAUGCAGUGAAAUUACUAACGUCACAUUAUAAAUCAAGGUUAAUAAAAACAGAAUAAGAAGAAUGCUAAGCAACGAAUUGUAUUACAUACCAGUUUACUGUUGAUUCCAGUAAAAUUCAAAAUAUUAUAAUUAAAUUUGCCGUUUGGAGACAUUUUUAUGUGCAUAUCGUCCUUCAUUUAUAAAGUAAUUUUCGUUUCUCUUCGGUAUAAUUGUUCUUCAGCGAUGAAGAAAUACCUGUCUCCCAAUAUUUAUAUUGCAUAAAACUCUUAGCAGUUAUUAGAGCUUCGUAGUCACCAGCAAUUUAAGUUCCAUACUGGAUCAACAUGGUACACGCGUCAAAACCACGACUAAUCAAUCGUGUUCUCGAUGCUGUGGUGCAUCUCUGCGAACGAAAAGGAUCCACUGCUCGAGACGUCCUUGAUUUCCUUCGGCAAACAUCGAAGUCUACGCCAAGAAAUUUGACGAUGCAGGUUCAUCGAGCUCUGAAGCAUGCAGUAAAUGCUGGACUUCUACGGCACAGAAGUGGUCGUUACAAGGCACUGUUCACGUUAAAUCCUGCUCCACUUAAACAGCUCGUGAAUGAAAAUAAUGACGAAAGAUUAGUGAAAGGAACGAGCAGAUUCAACACGCAACCAUCUCCUAAGAAAAUCAGCUCCGAUGACAAAGAGAAAAACAGAGAGAAACGUGAUAAGCAACAUUACAAGAGGAAACGGAAACGCAGCCAGAGCAGGCAGAGAAGACGAACAAGACGAAGUGAAUCCAGAAGACGCCAUAAUCCACUGAAACAUUCGAAAGGAAUGCGGGAACUCAAGUAUGAAGAAAAAGAAGAAGAGGAGCGGUUACCGCGAUAUAACAGUUCCGAUAGGAGAAUCAAACCGAAUAUCAGAAACGCCUGUAGAUUUUUGUCUAACCAUGAAAGAAGCAACGCGAGACGAAAGGGUCGAACGAACUACUCAGUUCCACCGAAUAGAAACUACUGCGAUGACAAAAAGGUUAAAGUAAAAAGGAAAACACCAGCCCGUCAAGAAUGUAAAUAUAAGAAUGAUAGAAAAUCUAGUAAAAGAUCAGUUUCUCCAAAUUGCAGCCAACAGAAACAACAGUCGCAUUAUCUGCAACCGAAAUAUUCAUACAACGAAGACGACGACAACGGAAGCAGUAAAAGUGAUUCUGACGACUGUAAAAUCAUUGAUCGAGAUGACUUAGAUCAGGAACCUGGGAACAGCGAAAGUGGGAGCACUUUGUAAAACUGUCACUGUCCUUUCACGUAACCAAAUGAUUUUUUAUAGUCGGAAAAUUGGUCACUAAAUUUGAAUAAACUUUCGUCUACUUUAUACCGAUAUCAUACAAUCCUUAAUUAUUACUUGUCAUUUUUAUAUAAAAAAAAUGUUUAAAUGAGUAUUUUAGAAGAUAAACUUAAAUAAUGACCUCUCGGAAUUGGAAAUGCAAGUCUGAUUGGUUGUAGCCGGAAGAGUCCAACAAAUUUCAAUCUUUUUUUCAACGUUCUGAUUAUUACUACAUGUUUCUUAAAAUGUUU